GGGCGCUGCAGGUGACGCGGUCCCGCCUCGGCCCCCAGCGGCUCCGGACCCGGGCGGGGGACCGGCCUCCCGCGGCACAGACACCGGCUCGUUUGUGAAGCAAGCUUUUAGGUGAUGGGCAGAUCAGAAAGUCAGAUGGAUAUAACUGACAUUAACACCCCAAAGCCGAGGAAAAAGCAGCGAUGGACCCCGCUGGAGGUCAGUCUCUCUGUCCUCGUCGUGCUCCUCACCAUCAUUGCCGUGACCACGAUAGCGCUCUAUGCAACCUAUGACGAUGGCAUCUGCAAAUCAUCAGACUGCAUAAAAUCAGCUGCUCGACUGCUCCAGAACAUGGAUGCCACCGCUGAGCCUUGCGCAGACUUUUUCAAAUAUGCCUGUGGAGGCUGGUUGAAACGCAACAUCAUUCCUGAGACCAGCUCCCGUUACAGUAACUUUGACAUUUUAAGAGAUGAACUAGAAGUCAUUUUGAAAGAUGUCCUUCAGGAACCUAAAACUGAAGAUAUAGUAGCCGUGCAGAAGGCAAAAACUCUGUACAGGUCUUGUGUAAACGAAUCUGUUAUUGACAGCAGAGGCGGGGAGCCGCUCCUCACACUGUUACCAGGCAUCUACAACUGGCCGGUGGCGACAGAAAACUGGGAGCAAGUGUACGGUACUUCUUGGACAGCUGAGAAAUCUAUUGCACAACUGAAUUCUAAAUAUGGGAAAAAAGUCAUUAUUAAUUUUUUUGUUGGCACUGAUGAUAAGAACUCUAUGAAGCACAUAAUUCAUAUUGACCAACCUCGACUUGGCCUCCCUUCCAGAGACUACUAUGAAUGCAGUGGAAUAUAUAAAGAGGCUUGUACAGCAUAUGUGGAUUUUAUGAUUUCUGUGGCCAAAUUGAUUCGUCAGGAAAAAGGAUUGCCCAUCGAUGAAAAGCAGCUUUCUUUGGAAAUGAAUAAAGUCAUGGAAUUGGAAAAAGAAAUUGCCAAUGCUACAGCUAAACCUGAAGACCGAAAUGACCCCAUACUUCUUUACAACAAAAUGACGUUAGCCCAGAUCCAGAAUAACUUCUCACUAGAGAUCAACGGGAAGCCAUUCAGCUGGUCAAAUUUCACAAAUGAGAUCAUGUCAACUGUGAAUAUUAAUAUUCCAAAUGAGGAAGAUGUGGUUGUUUACGCUCCAGAAUAUUUAACCAAACUUAAGCUCAUUCUUACCAAAUAUUCUGCCAGAGAUCUUCAAAAUUUAAUGUCCUGGCGGUUCAUAAUGGAUCUUGUAAGCAGCCUCAGCCGAACCUACAAGGAGUCCAGAAAUGCUUUCCGCAAGGCCCUUUAUGGCACAACCUCAGAAACAGCGACCUGGAGACGCUGUGCGAACUACGUCAAUGGGAACAUGGAGAAUGCUGUGGGGAGGCUCUACGUGCAGGCAGCGUUUGCUGGCGAGAGUAAACACUUGGUUGAGAAUUUGAUUGCACAGAUCCGGGAAGUUUUUAUUCAGACUCUGGAUGACCUCCCUUGGAUGGAUGCCGAAACAAAGAAGAAAGCUGAAGAAAAGGCCUUAGCAAUUAAAGAAAGGAUUGGCUAUCCUGAUGACAUAAUUUCAAAUGAUAACAAACUGGAUAAGGAAUACCUCGAGUUGAACUACAAGGAAGAUGAAUACUUUGAGAACAUAAUCCAAAACUUGAAGUUCAACCAAAAUAAGCAACUAAAGAAGCUUCGAGAAAAGGUGGACAAGGAUGAGUGGAUAAGCGGAGCAGCUGUAGUCAAUGCAUUUUAUUCUUCAGGCAGAAAUCAGAUAGUCUUCCCGGCUGGCAUUCUGCAGCCCCCCUUCUUCAGCGCUCAGCAGUCCAACUCAUUGAACUACGGGGGCAUCGGCAUGGUCAUAGGACAUGAAAUCACCCAUGGCUUCGAUGACAAUGGCAGAAAUUUUAACAAGGAUGGAGACCUCGUGGACUGGUGGACUCAGCAGUCUGCAAAUAACUUUAAAGACCAGUCCCAGUGCAUGGUGUACCAGUACGGGAACUUCUCCUGGGACCUGGCAGGCGGACAGCACCUCAAUGGAAUCAAUACCCUGGGAGAAAACAUUGCUGAUAAUGGAGGCAUUGGCCAAGCAUACAGAGCCUAUCAAAAUUAUAUUAAAAAGAAUGGUGAAGAAAAAUUACUUCCUGGACUUGACCUAAAUCACAAACAACUGUUCUUCUUGAACUUUGCCCAGGUGUGGUGUGGGACCUACAGGCCAGAGUUUGCGAUCAAUUCCAUUAAAACAGACGUCCACAGUCCAGGCAGUUUCAGGAUUAUUGGGACUUUGCAGAACUCCCCCGAGUUUUCGGAAGCCUUCCAUUGCCCCAAGGACUCGUACAUGAACCCAGAAAAGAAAUGCCGGGUGUGGUGACUUGCAGAAGGCACGCAGCCCUUGGCUGACUUCCCAACACCACAGAAAUGGGGAACUCGACUAGAGAGAAAUGGGCCCGGGGGUCACUGUAACUAAAGGGGUGGUCAGCAGAGAGCAUCCACAGCUGGGAAGUCAGUUGUCCUGGAAAGAAAGGCAUGAGGGAGGAGGGAGUCUAGUGUCCAUCAAAUCAGUCACUUGUCACUGUAUAAAUGAGGCUUAACCUCUAGAGAUAAUAUGACCGUUCCUUUGUUUCUCAUAUAAUCUGCCAGUUUGAGGUUCUCUCUUGAAAACAGUGUUGACCCCUUGAGGCAGACCAGAUUUCUAAUCACAAGGAGAAAGAGGAGGCUGGAGACCCCGUUGACACCGAAAGCACAGCAGUAACGAGAGUUAACAACACGCUGCCUGAGUCCUUAUUUCUACUUUUAUUUGCAACAUUUACGGUCCUUCAAAACUUUUCCAAAGAUUUCUUAUACAUAUGGAGGCCUUGGGACUUAAGGCGGUUUUAAACUAAUUUGCCAAUCGUGAGUUAGGUCACUCUGAGAUCAUUUCAUUUUAAGUGCUCUUAGGGCUAAAACGAGUGUCUAAAACUG